AUGAAGUUUUCUAUUGGAAUUGCUUUUCUUACAGCAUUGGUAGCUUCAGUUAGUGCACACACAACCAUGUCCUUCCCUCCUCCAAGAGCUCAUCCAUUAAACCCUAAUGCAGCAAUUAAAGAUCUAGAAUGUAUAAUGGCUCCAUUGAAUGGUGGUGGAUCAUGUCCCAAGAAACAAUUUCCAUGUGGCGGUUAUCCAGCUGAUAAAAAAGUUGUUACAACAUUUAAAGCCGGUCAAGUGAUUGAUGUCAAGUUCUUUAAUCAAAAUGUUCCCGAUCCAUCGAAAGCAGACCCCUCGGUUGAUCAAGCAAGACACAAUGGUGGACAGUGCGAAUUUGCAUUGAGUUAUGAUGGUGGUGAUACUUACACAAAGAUAGCAACUUAUCAUAAAACUUGUCCUGAUAUUUUCUUUACCGGAUGGAAAGUUAAAAUACCCGAUAGUGCCCCCAGUUGUAAUAAACCUGGCAAAUGUAUUUUCUCUUGGUCUUGGAUAAAUGCCGUUGGUAAUCGUGAAUUUUAUCAAAAUUGUGCUGAUAUUAAAAUUGUCGGAAAUUCAACAAAACCAUUGCCAAUCAUUGAUAUUACAAAAGCAAAUUUCCCACCUUUAUUCACUAAAAUAAUAACACCUGAAGGUGAUGAUGCUAAUACCGGCAAUGCAAAAGGAUCCGGCCCACUUGCAAAAGAUGUCAAAGCAAAUUUAAACCUUAACAUUGGUGGUGAUAAUAACAACAAUGAUAAGCCAAAGAAACCAAAGCUUACAAAACCAUCAAAACCCGAUGCCCCAACAACAUCAUCAACUUCUGAACCAGCCGCGCCAACUGAAACACCAUCAAAUGACGACAACAACAAUAAAGGUUGCAAGGUUAAUGGAUCAAUGACAUGUGUUAAAUCUGGCACUAGUCCAGCAUUCGAAACUUGUGAUAAUGGUAAAAUAGUAACAAGAAAUUGUCCUGGUGUAUUAAUAUGUCAAACUGAUAAUUCUAGCAUUGUUUGUAAACCUCGUAACACUUAA